CGGGCUUCCAGUGCGCACCUUCGGGCGCGCAGCGGUGGCACAGCCUGUGAAUUGUCCUCUUCCUGCACACUCUGCACAGAAACCUGCUGUUUCUGCUCAUAUUUUUCUACAACCGAUUUUCUGGUCGAGAGUCCUCAAAGAAUCCUAAUCAGCCUUGGUUUCUUUGGAAGGAGCUUUUUUUUUUGAGGGGAAGGAAAGGACUAAAAAGAGGCGAUUCACUUGUUUUCGGGUGGUGAGUUUGCGCCCAGCAGCAGCAGAAGAAGAAGGAGAGCCAGUGUUCAGCACCAUGGAGAGUGGCGUGGUGCACAUUUUCAAAGAGGACCGCUGUCCCUUGGGCCAGCCGGGGCAGUGCGUCCCGAACUUCACCUGGCAGCCCGGCUUGUCGGACAUCUUCAACUACACCCCGAACGGCACCUGGGACGCGGAACCUGAGCCGAUGUCACCCAUCAUCCCCAUCAUAGUCGCCGUUUACUCGGUGGUGUUUGUGGUGGGCUUGGUGGGCAACUGUUUGGUGAUGUAUGUCAUCAUUAGAUACACCAAGAUGAAAACAGCCACCAACAUCUACAUCUUCAACCUGGCGGUGGCCGACGCCCUGGUUACCACCACCAUGCCCUUCCAGAGCACUGACUACCUGCUCAGUUCCUGGCCGUUUGGCGAGGUGGCAUGCAAAGUCUUCAUCUCCAUCGACUACUAUAACAUGUUCACCAGUAUCUUCACCCUGACGAUGAUGAGCGUGGAUCGCUACAUUGCUGUGUGUCACCCGGUCAAGGCUCUGGAUUUCCGUACGCCAGUGAAGGCAAAGAUCAUCAAUGUGAUCAUCUGGGUUCUGUCCUCAGCUGCUGGGAUUCCUGCCAUGGUCCUUGGCAACACCAACACCAACAACGGAACCACAGAAUGUGCUUUACAGUUCCCUGAUCCCUACACCUAUUGGGACACCCUGAUGAAGAUAUGUGUUUUCAUCUUCGCCUUUGUGGCGCCCCUCAUCAUCAUCACUGUCUGCUACACCCUGAUGGUGCUGCGGCUGAAGAGCGUGCGCCUCCUGUCUGGCUCGCGCGAGAAAGACCGCAACCUUCGACGGAUCACCCGUCUGGUUCUGGUGGUGGUUGCGGUAUUUGUGGUGUGCUGGACCCCCAUCCACAUCUUCAUCCUGGUCAAAGCAUUGUCAGCCAACGUGCCCGAGACCCAUGCUGUCAUGGCUGCCUACUUCUUCUGCGUGGCGCUGGGCUACACCAACAGCAGCCUCAACCCCAUCCUUUAUGCGUUCCUGGACGAGAACUUUAAGAGGUGCUUCAGAGACUUCUGCUGCCCUGGAGGGCGGGGUCAUGGUGACUGUCACGGGGUGAGCAGAGUGAGGAGCACGCUUCGGGAUCACACCUGCGCCACCGAAGGGAGGGGUGACGGGAGACAAGCCAGGCCCGUAUGACUAGCCAUGAACAUGUCCUCCAGGCCGUACCAGAGCUGGGAGGACUCCAUUGAUCUGUGUUUGACUCAAAUCACUACCACAAUCUGAGAAGUAGUAUCAGUAUUGAUUAAUAAAUCCCAUGAAAAGACCAAAACCAAGAGUGAUUUGACCCCACUUCAUCUCAUUUAUAUGAAAACAUUUUGUCUAAAAUAUUGCAGUUCUUUCCUGAGUUGGUUUUAGGAAAGAGACUGAAUGAAAGCAACAUCUCUGCAUGUUUUUUUUGUUUUGUUUUGUUUCCAACAGGCUAGGUAUGCAUUCGAUUUAUAUCAAAAUUCAAUAUUAUGAUCCUCCCAUGAAGUCAGAAUUUGAACUUUUGGAAGCAACCUCAACCUGCAAAUCCAACAUGUCUGAAAA